CCCAACUUUAACUUUUCACCACCUCCCAAAAACAUUUUUGAUUAUUCUAUCCUAGCCUUGGCUGAAAAGCAAGUACUAAAUAAAAUGACUGCAGCAAGUAUAUUAGAGUUAGAAAGAGAAGGGGGGAGAGAUCAAAUCAUCCAUAUAUCUUCUUAUGUUGCUAGGGUUGAGACUUGAAACCUCAUAAGAAAGAACUUUUUCUCCUGGUUCUUCUCUUAAUCAUAACUUUAGUUGCAUAACUAGCUAGACUGAGUCAUCUACGUUGGUAAGAGAAAGGAAUAGAAAAUCUUGAGAUAUGUCAGGGAACAUCAUGGCAGCAGAAGAAGCAAUAACUAGUAGUUAUAAUGGUUCUGUCGAGAACCCUGUUGAUGGAUCCAAUCUCCCUGUUCUAAAGAAGAAGAGAAACCUUCCAGGAACUCCAGAUCCAGAAGCAGAAGUCAUAGCUUUAUCGCCAAAAACUCUCAUGGCCACCAACAGAUUCUUGUGUGAAAUAUGUGGUAAAGGUUUUCAAAGGGAUCAAAAUCUACAACUCCAUAGGAGAGGACACAACCUUCCAUGGAAGCUGAAGCAAAGGACAAACAAAGAAGUAAGAAAGCGCGUUUACGUCUGCCCUGAAAAGACCUGUGUCCAUAAUCAUCCCUCUAGGGCUCUUGGAGACUUAACAGGUAUAAAGAAGCACUUUUGUAGGAAGCAUGGUGAGAAGAAAUGGAAGUGUGAAAAAUGUUCGAAGAGAUAUGCUGUCCAGUCAGAUUGGAAAGCACACUCAAAGACUUGUGGCACUAGGGAAUACAAAUGUGACUGUGGGACUCUAUUUUCAAGGAGAGAUAGCUUCAUCACUCAUAGGGCCUUCUGUGAUGCCUUAGCAGAGGAAACAGCAAGAGUAAAUGCAGUAUCCAGCAUAAGAAACUCAACUGCUGGCAACAUAAGUUAUCAUCUAACGGGGAACCCAUUAGGGCCUAACAUGGCACAACAUUUCUCUUCAAUUUUCAAGCCAAUUCAAAGCAAUGAUCGCCACACAAGACAAGGAGGACUUUCCUUGUGGAUGAGCCAAGGAGGCGUACCCCAUGCCAGUGAAGCAAUGGGCAAUAAUAUUCAAGAGAUUCAUCAAAUUGGCGCAAUGACUAGUUCAGGAGCUUUAUUUGGUGACCCCCAUGCUGUUUCAUGCUCAAGUACUCUACCGUCUGAUCAUUAUCAGUUAAAUUGGCCAGUGUUUGGAAACAAGAUCUCUUCAAAUAAUGCGCACGAGGAGCUGACAAGCACUUUAGGACUUCCUUUAAGCAAUGUUAAGGAAGCAGCUGCUGCAAGUCAGCUAGUAAGUGUUCCUUCAUUGUACAGUACCCAACAACAACAAUCCCAUCAAACAACUUCAGCAAAUAUGUCAGCCACUGCUUUGCUGCAAAAAGCUACUCAGAUUGGUGCAACCUCAACAGAUCCAUCAUUCCUUGGGUGUUUUGGGCUAAAGAGCUUCAGUACUACAGCUCAAGAUGGGAACAACAAGUUCUGUGGACUGUAUGGUUCAAGCCCUAUAAGCACUAACCCAGCAAGUGAUAUGGAAAACUCAGGAAAUGAUGAGAUUCCCACUUUGAAUCAGCUUCAAAUGUAUUCUGCUAAAAGGCAGAAAAUAUUUCAAAGUGAUCAAGACAGUCCUGCAGGAGGGCAAACUAGAGACUUUCUUGGUGUUGGUGUACAAGCCAUAUGCCACCCAUCGUCUAUCAAUGGAUGGAUUUAAAUUUCACGGGGUUGCAUAUUUUGACAAUAAAGUGGAGGAAUCUAAAGAGAAAUUAAAACAUUUGAUAAUUUAGUAUCGGGAAACUUUGCAGCAAGGAAAAGGUGGAAUUCAUGAGUGCUUGGUGGAGGGCUAAAAGGUUAUGCUUAGAAAACUAUUGAAGAGUACUAGUUGUUGAAGGAUUUAGAGAUCCAUGCAUAUUCUGCUGAACCCUAAAAGCUGAUCCCUCUUCAGUUUUUUGAGAAAAGGAAGGUGGGGUGUAGUAGUGGGAGCAAAGCAUAGAGUACUACAGCACCUUUUGAGCUCCAUUAUUGCUUGGCACCACUGUUGUGAGGGUAUCCAGUGGCAAAAGGCUUCAUAAUUUCUAGUAAAAGUCGGGUUUAUUUAGCCUAUUGUUUAAAUAAAUUAAUAUAUAGCUUUUCUAUCAACAAUCUAUGCAUAAAUAUUGUAUUAUAGCAUUACAAGAUUAAUUAUCUAUGAUUUCAAGCAGA